AAAAGGGUGAGAAUCGUCACUCAGCCCCGCGAACUAAGUAGUGUCGAGCAAAGUUGCUCCUUAAUCCGCGUGGAGGUCUGCGGCGGGAAAGGCAGCCAGUCGUCGCCGUGAUGACGUAGGGGUCUCCCUCUUCGUUUCUCUCCCGCGAUUGUUUCUCUCCCCCCUUUUUUUUUCACGUGUGUGUUUGCGUCAGACGGACGUUCGCGCGGCUGAUCUGGUUCCCGCCAGCUGCCCUUUCCACAAAACGACGGGGAGGCUCCUCCGGUCUGGGUCUGGUGAAGCCGGGCUGGCGCGCCGUGGAGUAGAAAAGGGGGCUCACGGGGGAGACCCACAAGUAGAAGGGAGGCGACGGCAUUUAUACAAAGCGAGGCCCGAGAGAGCUUGUGGAGGUGUGUUUAAAGAGUGGUCUUCAUUAUUUUCAUAAAAUCUUUGUAUGAAAAUAUGACUCCACUGAAAUUACAUGGGUCUAUUCGCAUGCGGAGCAUACAUACCGGGACUACAAAAUGGAAAGAAGGAACAUUUGAAAUUGUGGAUAAAGACAGCAAAGUGAUUCUGGUAGUUCACUACAAUGCUGGAGGAAUUCCAAAAAUAUUUCAGCUGAACCAUAAUAUUAAAAAUGUAGUCGUGCGACCAAGUAAAGGGAAAUUGUGUUGCUUGACGAUAACACUGAAGGAUUCUAGUGUUUUGACUCUUGAUAAAAUACCAUCCAAAGAUGCCGAUGAAAUGAAGUUGUAUCUGGAAGCUGUUCAAAACAGGAUUCAGACAGCUGUGAAAUUAUCUCAUGGAUCUGGCAGUUUUGGAGGAGUUUUAAGCAAUAGAGCCAUGCAGAAGGAUUCUAACAGACAGUUUCCAUCCCUUGAAACCCAGACUCCUAGAAGAGCGAUUGUAGAAAAUAAAGAUGAAGCUCCAUUUCGUAAAGUAUUGGGCAGCCCAGGAAGAGCAUCAGUUAAGAAUUCUCCAGUAACUGGAAUGUCUUUCAGCAGGGUCAAUAUUUCAGCUAAUGCUGCUUCCACACCUCACAGAACAGGAUUGUUAGAAAACCGUGAAAGGAGGAAAAGAACACCACCUGUGGUUGAGAUGAAUGAAGAUUAUCCUAAAGAAAAUGAUUCAUCAAGUAAUAACAAAGCCAUGACUGAUCCAGCACGGAAGUUCUUACACAGUAGUAGGGAGAAGCAGCUGAAUCUGAAACAGGCUGAGGAGAACAGGGCAUCAGGGCUUUUGCCUUUACAGUCAUCUUCAUUUUAUGGUAGCAGAUCUUCUACAAAGGAUUAUUCAGCUAGUAAUUCUAAUUUGGACAGGUCUAAUGUAUUGAAUCCUUCUGCUAAAAGAAGCUUAGGCUUUCUCUCUCAGCCAGCUCCUCUUUCUGUCAAAAGAUUGAGAUCUAAUCAGGAUUACAUGGGAUGGAACAAGCCCCGAGUCCCUUUUUCCACUCAUCCACAACAGCAGUUACAAGGAUUUACAAACUUAGGAAAUACCUGUUAUAUGAAUGCUAUUUUACAGUCUUUAUUUUCAAUUCAGUCAUUUGCUAAUGAUCUUUUGAAGCAAAGUAUCCCAUGGAAAAAAGUUCCAUUUAAUGCACUGAUCAGACGAUUUACCAAUUUACUUGCUAAAAAAGAUGCAUGUAGCCCUGAAGUAAAGAAAGAACUCCUCAAGAAGGUGAAAAAUUCAAUUUCAGCUACGGCAGAGAGAUUCUCUGGCUAUAUGCAAAAUGAUGCUCAUGAAUUCUUAAGCCAGUGCUUGGAUCAAUUGAAGGAGGACAUGGAGAAACUGAACAAAACUUGGAAGAGUGAGCCUAUUUCUGGUGAAGACAGCUUGUCUGGACGCAUAUCUGAUGACUUUUCAGUCAGCAAAGUUUAUACGUGUCCAGUAAUUGCAAAUUUAGAGUUUGAAGUUCAGCAUUCAAUCAUAUGUAAAAUGUGUGGUGAAACUGUCACCAAGCGGGAACAGUUUAAUGAUCUUUCCAUUGACUUGCCACGAAGGAAAAAGCUUCUUCCUUCUCGAUCAAUCCAGGAUUCCUUGGAUCUCUUUUUCCGGGCAGAGGAGAUAGAAUACUCCUGUGAGAAAUGCAGUGGAAAAUCUGCUCUUGUUACACACAAAUUCAGUCGGUUUCCCAGGGUUUUAAUACUUCAUCUGAAACGGUACAGCUUCAAUGUGAUGCUCUCCCUCAAUCACAAAGUAGGACAGCAAGUGAUUAUUCCAAGAUUUUUAACCCUGCAGUCACACUGUACAGAAAGCACAAGGCCUCCACUUAAUCUUGGGUGGAGUGCACAAUCAGCCAUUUCUCGGCCAUUGAAAGUGUCCCAGAUGGUGAAUUCCUGCUCUGUAACCACUUCUACACCUUGUCGAAAAUACUCGUUCAAGUAUAAAAGUCCCAUUUUAAAUUCUUUGGAUUCAGACAGUGAAGAUGAACCAUUGAAACGUCCUGUGGCAAACAGUCAGAAACAGUGUGAUUUCCAGAGCAGAGAACAGCAGCAAGAGGAGCUUGAGAAAGGCUCAAAGAAAAAUAAAACGGAAAAUAACAAGUCUCCAGAGUCAGUAAAUAGUGGACUUGAAACAAUGAGUGAAGAUGAACUUCUGGCGGCUGUCCUGGAGAUUAGUAAACGUGAAGCAUCGCUGUCAAGCCACGAUGAAGACAAGCCCACAAAUAGUCCAGACACUGGUUUUGGAGAUGAUGAGAUGCAAGAGUUGCCAGAGAAUAUGGAACUUAAGGAUGCUGAUAAACCCAAAGCUGCUACAGAGUCUGGUUUUGUCAACUUCACCGAGAUAACUAAAGAUUAUGAUGAAAAUAAAGAAAACAAAACUCCAGAAGGCACUCAGGGGGAAGCUGAUUGGUUGCAACAGUACGAUAUGGAGAGGGAGAGGGAGGAGCAAGAAUUGCAGCAGGCUUUGGCUCAGAGCCUCCAGGAACAACAGGAGGCGCGGGAGCAGAAAGAGGAUGAUGAUCUUAAACGUGCCACGGAAUUAAGUCUACAAGAGUUUAACAGCUCUCUCCUGGAUAGUCUUGGCUCUGAUGAGGACUCUGGGAAUGAGGAUUUUCUAGACAUGGAGUACUCUGAAGCAGAAGCUGAGGAACUGAAAAGAAAUGCUGAGACAGGAGAGCUUCCUAAUUCAUAUCGUCUCAUUAGUAUUGUCAGUCAUAUUGGAGAUACAUCCUCCUCAGGUCACUAUAUUAGUGAUGUAUAUGAUAUUCGCAAGCAGGCAUGGUUCACAUACAAUGACCUGGCAGUAUCAAGAACUCAAGAGGCCUCUGUGCAGAGCGAUAGAGACCGCAGUGGCUAUAUCUUCUUCUAUAUGCACAAGGAUAUAUUGGAUGAAUUGCUUGAAACAGAAAAGAACCUGCAACUGCCUGGCGUGGAGGUGGGAAAGCCAGUUUGACAGCCCCUGUGAAGAAUGUCCCUUUGCCUGAGCACAAAGAGUUAAGAACUUUUGCCUAAUGCACAGGAGCCGCAAACCUGAGGAACUCAGGGCAUAGUUGAGAGACAAACUGCUUCAGAUAAGAAAGGGCCAUUCCACCCCUUUCUUUGAACUUCAGCAGUUAAUCUUCUGUUAUCCAGAGGUUUUUUUUUUAAUUGUUUUUUGUUUUUGUUCUCUGUUGAGCUACUCAAAUAAUUUUAUCUGCAGUGGAGAGGAUCAAGCUAGAGGAUUUAAAAACUUCUUCCGAAGCUUAUGAAAGCAUAGUAUGAGAGAAGACCACAAGAUCACCUAUUAUUAACAAGUGGAGAAGAUCUUACGUAUGGGUUGACUUUCUUUCUACAGGAAAAAAAGAAAAAAAAAUGCUAUAAGCUAUACUACAUUCAUAAAAUUCCUUGGGAAAGUGCAGAUGGCUGAUUGGUUAAAUGAAAAGAGCAGGCUUUGUUAGAGCAGAUGGACUUGGACACCUAUGAUUUGUAACACUCCAGAACCCUUCAUUUUCAUCAUUUCAAAUAAUAUAUACAUAUAUGUAUAUUUUAACUUUUUAAAGUUUUUAUUCUUUUUGAAGGCAUUAUUUUCCAAAUACUGCCAUUUGUAGAACAUUUUUUCCCCCUUGAAUGUGCAUGGGUGUAUAUAUUUCUGUAUUUCCUGUGUUUCAUGGAAGAACUGCCCUGGUUGGGCCGUGACUGGCUGAUAUUGGAACUGCAAAUCCUAGCCUUUGGCAGUCCCUUUCAAGCUGGUGCUAAUCAGUAAAUGAAACAAUAGCCUUCAGAGCUGUAUGUGCUUGAAAGAGCGUCUUUUCUAACUUUACUGUAUUGGGCAAGUAAUAUGGUAACAGAAACAUUGAAAUAUAUCUGGGUUUGUUCGAGUUGUGUGGUUGGGGGAAAAAAACAGAAAACUCAAAUGAUUAGCAUUUGCAAGAUUCUUCAGAUUAGCAAUAGAGGGAUUUAGGCACUUAAAAAGUGUUUGAAUAACUUGCUUAUGUUGGCAAAAACUAUAUAGAAUUAAUUUAUGCCACACCUUCAUUUUAGUGCUGGAAGUUAAUAAUUGUUCUCUCAUUUUCGCUUUCAUAGCAAUGAAAUUGCUAAUAAUUGAGGUGUUUCUUGAUUUGCUUCAGAGUAAAAAAAAAUUACUUGAAAAAGUUAACAGCUACAUGGAGAAAUGUAUUUCACCCUACUUGUUGGGGAUUUUUCUGUUCUUUACUAUUAGAACAUUUCUGAAACAACAUUUUGGGAGUGGACACAAGUCAAGUAGACACUAGAGUUAUUUGUUGCUGAAAGGUUUUAAGAUGAUAUAAUUGCAGGCAGUAUUAGAGAACUCUAUGACGUAAUAUGGAGGAUACCAACAGAAUAAAAAUGCUAUCUGAUGUAGAAGACAAAGUUCUCAAAAACUCCACCCCAGCAAAGCUUAAUAUGCUAACUUCUGUCAUAAUUUUGUACUGUUCACAAAGGUAUUUCAGUGUGUUUUUAACAAAGAAUAAAGGGAUUUUCUUUCAGUAAAGAAGAGUAUCUCAAAAUGUGAGAGUCUUGAUUCUAGAGUAAGACUAGUUUUCUGUUAAUGAAAAGACCCCUUCAGAUAUUUGCCUGAAUCUGAAAGGAAGCUGAACUUCCAUUUGCUUGAGCAGAAGUACAGCUAUCAGUACAAUUCAGGAAGAAGCAGGGUCUUUAUUGCACUGGCAGCUGAACUUCCAUUCAAGUGAAUGUUGCUGAGCCAUUUCCUCUCUUUUCUGCCCCCUCCAACAUCCAGAUAUGUUCUAGACUUUCUUAUUAAUGGAAUGUGGAGCAGUGGCAUUUUUCUUCAAUGCUUGCUGUGGUCUCUUGAGGAAGAGCUCUGAAGAGUUGAGGCCUUUAAAUAAUAAGAGGAGGUGGCAAAUUCAGGUUCAGGAGGAAAAGAAAAUCAGAUAAAAUUACUUCCCCCAUUUUUCCUUCUAGCAGAAGGUGUUGCUGGGUUUAAUUUCCUUCCCAUUGUAAUUAAGCAAUUAUAAUGUCUUUGGUUCUCUACUUAACAGUGAAGCCAAAUUAGCUAAUAUAUAUGCAGUUGCAGUAUUCUAAUUUGGUGUCUUUUAUAAUAAAAUGCAGAAUUGCCCCAACCUUAGUGCGUAAAGACUGAUUUGCUUGAUACGAAGAGUACGUAGCCUGAAGUAAGUGUAUGUACCUUUGGUAGAAAGAUAAUUCUUAUUCAGUAAAAAGUGGUGACUGUUAACCCUGGUUUGCAUUUUACAGUCAGAUCAAAUUCUGUGGAAAUGCAAUGAGUUUGUGCUGCAGUUCACCUAUUUUUUCUUAUAUACAGUUUUAAUAUUUAAUGCUAAAACUGUGCAGACCAUUCAGGAUUACAUUUAAAGCUUCAUAUUAAAUGGUUUUACAAACCAUUAUCAUAUUUCCUUUUGAGAAAUCAUACUGUACCAAGAAAUCUUGAAAACCUCUUGGGAGCCACUGGUAUUUAAAAUUCUUUGCCUUGUUUAAAAACAACCUGGGUUUUGUUACACUAUGUUUUUGGAACAGCAUGGUAUGGCACACUUUUAGACAUCUUAAUUCUAGCGUUCUUGAUUCUGAAAAGAGCCCUAGCCCUAACCCUAAGCAUAGGUUCACCCAAUAGUAGAUGAACUUCAGCAUAUUUUAAAUUCCCCUUUUCCUUUUGUCUUAUAUCUGUCAUAUUUUUUUGCUAUAUUUAUUUUUAUAUGAGAAAUAGCCAUAAUGUGUUUGCACUAAGUAACUAAACUCUUCCCAAAAUUAAAACAAAUCUUGUACAUACAUGACAUUUAAAAAGUAGCUCAGGUAGCUUGCUUUAAAAAAAAAAACCUUUAGAAAUCAUCCAAACACUUGUUUGUAAGAAGAUUUAUAUAUAUAUAUAUAAAAAGCUUAUUUUUCCCCAGCUAUGAGCCUCUACAGUUCUAAUUAAACCCAUAAGUCUGCAGUUAUAGAACAUUAAGCAGCACUGCUUCUGUUUGGAUGAAACCUAAUAUUCAUAUCUCUGAAAAGGUACAAAAGUUUCAGGAGUUUUCUCUGUUCUGAGCUGCCUUUUCACUUCCUGAGGACACACCAGCAUUCAAAGACAGUUCUGUACAUCAUGGGGUCUCCGAUGCUAGAUGUGCUAAGAGAAAGCUGCUUGCAUUGCAACUAAAUAAAGGGUGGACUAAUUCUCUAAAAUUGCAUGAAUUGAUAUUUCACUUGAUGAAGUGAAUAUUCUGGGAGUAAGAUUGCCAUGCGUUUCUGGAAAAGAACAAUUAGGGUGCUUUUUAAAACUAACCUGAUAUAGGGAAUGAACAGCCCAUGAAUGAAAAUCAAAGGAAGUUCUUAACACUUUGCUGUUCACCUGCAGCAGUAACCUACUUCUUUGCUUCUAAUUUAAGUAGUUACUUUGUAAAAUCUUGGUGGAAGGGAAUAAAUAAAUAGUGGCAAAGGUUUCUUAGGAUGUGCAUUGAGAAGGAUGCCUUGAUUUUAUGUUGGGAAUCACUUUGUAUCCCUUGACACAAUGUGGAGCAGCAUUUUUCUGUGUUUUAGCAGACCUGUGCUUCUAUUCUUCACAAUUCUGCUUUUAUUCUUUCUUUUUAAAUGUGUAGAUCAAUUUCUGAGAAAUUAAACACUCUUUAUUAAUGCUGAAUCUGAUUUUUUUUUCUAGAACAAUGCAGUGCCUUGUUACUUUUCUGUUGUCCUUACUGCCAUUUGAUUACUGUUUUUCCUCCACAACAUUGACACUAAAAAAUUGUGGUAUUUUUCACGUUAAUUUUGCAUUCUUAGAUAUUCCAUUUUUUAUUAAUUUUAAAAUUGUUUUUGUUUGUUUUAAAAUACAUAAACCUGUUGGAGAAGACAUUGCUGUAUAUUAAAAACUACUAAAAUUCAUUAUGGAAAAGAAAUGUACAUUGGGAGUGGGGUUCAUAUGUUUCAAAAGCUGUCGUUCUCUGAAGGUAAAAUUGUUAUUGUGGGUCACAAAGCCUCAAUCCUGUUUGCUUUCUCUUUGAGGAAUUGAGAGGCUAUUUCUGCCAAUAUGUACUGGAUAUAAUGUUUCAACAUAGUUUAACUUAACUGUAUUUACAACAGUAAUGCCCUGGUGAUAAACUGACCCAGGUCUGUUUAUGCUGCUGUAAGCUAAUGGUGUGGUAACUUGCUGCUUACAAACAAGGAUAGCUUCUCAUUUUGUGUGAGGAUGUUUUAUUUGCACUGGGAUACAUUUCAUCAGAGAGCAAUGGUUCCAGCUGGGACCCCCUGUGCUUUAUGGACACCUCAAGACUUCCAUCCCAGGGGCCUGAAAGUCCCAUCUGUUUUGGAGGCCUCUUCUUCAUUGGCAGCUGAAAACUAGCUAUAAUUAUGUAGACAGC